GCAGAAAUAAAUUCCACACAGGUUACAGAAGACAUGGCCUAAGCACAUAGCUAAGUCGUCAUCUCUGGGGAACUGAACGCUGACAUCUCUUUACGACAAACCUCACGGGGAAUAUGAGUUUUGCAGCGUCAAAGGGUUAUCCCUGAAUAGUCACCAUUAUCAAUGCGGAACUCCCAGGCUUUGAUUCCCGAGUUGAUCGUCACGACGCCUUUCAUAUAGAGUUUAAGCUCCGGCUUGGAUAAGAAUCAAUUAAACCAUGGUAUGCUGUGGUCCCUCUCGUCUCAUUCGCAUCUCCCCUUUUCAUCUGAGGGUUCCGUACGUCCUAAUGCAAUUUGGCGACAUCCCGAAUCGCUAUCCGCCAUCUCUUAUAUACCAAUAUUAACUAUUUGCUCCAGUAUAAUGGACGAUUCUUCGGAGCUCUUCGAAGUCUCAGGGGCAACGAGUAUGUGGUGAGGUCUGAUAGUCUCCAGAAGGCAGUCGCACAGAGAGAAUUGGCCAUGUCGGUUGGCCCCUGAGCUUAAACUCAACAGAGUUUGAUAGAAGCUUGGUUGAAGCUUCGGUCCCGUUCAUCCAUACCUCGUCGAAACGCUCUCUGGUCAGCGAAACGCUUGCAUACCGCAAACGCUGGUGAUCCUACUGGCGUAGGUACGGAGCAUGGGCGCCAACUGAUACCCCUUCAUUCUAGAGACGUCUCGGGUCGUCCGAUGCCACAUUACUGGUUCGUGCGUGGACGGGGCGGCAUGUCUUCAUAUAUAAGGGUGCCCGCUGCUGGCUUAUGGCCCAAUCCCCCAGCUAUGCUCAAGCAAUUCGUCCACUCUUUUUAACUAUGUUUUUUUUUAAAGGCGUUCUCGCCGUCCUCUCUUUUUUUUCUGCAGUAAAUGCUGCUCCGCUUAUAAAACCCAACAAUGUUUCAGCGAAAUAUAUUGAAGAUUCCUACAUCGUACUUUUGAAAAGGGAUAUCUCCCAUGAUGACUUUGAGUUGCAUAAAAGAUGGGCCAGCGACGUUCACAAAAGGGACGUGGCUAAAAGAGGUGUCUCAUUUUCUGGCAUUGGGCAUUCCUGGGCUACGGGCUCUUUUAGGGGAUACAGCGGAGUCUUUAGCCGCGACACCAUCGAAGAAAUAAUGAAACAUGAACAUGUUGCACACGUCGAGCGAGACCAAAUAGGUACAUCCCAGGGCUGGGUCACGCAGUCGAAUGCUCCAAACUGGGGACUUGGACGUCUUUCAAACAGCAAUCCAGGAAACGCCGAUUACACCUACGAUGAGGGUGCUGGUGGAAAUGCAGUCGUCUAUGUUGUUGAUUCCGGCAUCGACGUCAUGCACCCAGAGUUUGAGGGACGCGCAACUUGGGGUGCAAACUUCAUUGACAACAACAAUGUCGAUUGCUGGAACCAUGGAACGCACUGCGCAGGUAUCGUUGGCAGUGUGUCUUUUGGCGUUGCAAAGCGUACAGCAAUGAUUGCCGUCAAGGUGCUGGAUUGCAACGGCCAAGGGCCUUACAGUGCUUUUAUUGCUGGACUCCAUUGGACUAUAGAUCACGCCCAAAAUAAUGGUUUUGUCGGCAGAGCGAUUAUCAACUUUAGUCUUGGUGGUGAUAACUCACCUGCAGUAAAUGCGGCACUGGAGGAGGCCCAGAAGGCUGGUAUCUUUGUCUCAGCAGCAGCUGGAAACCAAGGCACUGAUGCGGGGAGAAUCACACCCGGUGGCGCUGGCCUGGUCUGUGUUAUUGGCAAUUCGGACGGUAGCGACUACAGAUGGACUGGGCAAGGUCCAUCGAACUUUGGGCCCAGAGGUGAGUCAGGUCUCCCUUCUGCAUCCCUGUAA